GGAGACCAUGUCCCUCAGAAAUGCAAACAACCCUGGUGAUAUCAGUUCCAGUAUGAUGGAAAACAGCAAAGCUCGAGAUUGCCUUAUUCCUAUGGGAAUAACCUCAGAAAAUGUAGCAGAGAAGUUUGGAGUUUCCCGAAAGAAGCAAGAUGCCUUUGCCUUGGCUUCCCAACAAAAAGCAGCAAAAGCUCAGCAGAUGGGACUGUUUAAAUCUGAGAUUGUUCCAGUGAAGACCACUGUUCUAGAUAAUCAGGGCAACCAAAAAACAAUCACCGUGCACCAAGAUGAAGGGAUUAGGCCCUCCACGACCCUGGAAGGCUUGGCAAAGCUGAAGCCUGCCUUCAAAGAGGAUGGCAGCACUACAGCAGGUAAUGCCAGCCAGGUCAGUGAUGGAGCAGCUGCUGUUCUCCUUGCAAAACGUUCAAAAGCAGCACAGCUGGGACUCCCAGUCCUGGGGGUGCUCAGGUCCUUUGCUGUGGUUGGAGUCCCACCCGAUGUCAUGGGCAUAGGACCAGCCUACGCAAUCCCUGUAGCUGUGGAGAAGGCGGGUCUGACUCUGAAUGACAUUGAUAUAUAUGAAAUUAAUGAAGCCUUUGCCAGCCAGGCUGUGUACUGUGUUGAAAAGCUGGGCAUUCCCAUGGAGAAGGUCAACCCCCUGGGAGGAGCAAUAGCACUGGGGCACCCACUGGGCUGUACUGGUGCUCGUCAAGUUGUCACUCUGCUCCAUGAAUUGAAGCGCAGAGGGAAAAGAGCGUACGGUGUUGUAUCGAUGUGCAUCGGCACUGGCAUGGGUGCAGCAGCAGUAUUUGAGUACCCAGGGAACUAAACUCCAGUGUACUGAUGAAACAACCCAACAGCUAAUUCUCUGCCUUCUCUAGUAAUAGCAAAUGAUUUGCACUGUGAAAUCAAGUGGAUUCAGGGAUUCGUUAGUAGAUCUGCAAAUUUUAGGCACAAAUUGCAAAGCAAAAUAAAUGGUACAGAUCUACUAAAGCAGGGGGGGAAAUGCAAAACUGGCCUUUGCUUCAGAG